UGAGAAUGUCCAUUUCUGGGACGCUUAGCAGCUAUUAUGUCGACUCGAUCAUAAGUCACGAGAGUGAGGACGCGCCUCCAGCCAAGUUUCCUUCCGGCCAGUACGCGAGCCCCCGGCAGCCGGGCCACGCGGAGCACCUGGAGUUCCCCUCGUGCAGCUUCCAGCCCAAAGCGCCGGUGUUCGGCGCAUCCUGGGCGCCGCUGAGCCCGCACGCGUCCGGAAGCCUGCCGUCCGUCUACCACCCCUACAUCCAGCCCCAGGGCGUCCCGCCGGCCGAGAGCAGGUACCUCCGCACCUGGCUGGAGCCGGCGCCGCGCGGCGAAGCUGCUCCGGGGCAGGGCCAGGCGGCUGUGAAGGCGGAGCCGCUGCUGGGCGCGCCUGGGGAGCUCCUGAAGCAGGGCACGCCCGAGUACAGUUUGGAAACUUCGGCGGGCAGGGAGGCCGUCCUGUCUAAUCAAAGGCCCGGCUACGGGGACAAUAAAAUUUGCGAAGGAAGCGAGGACAAAGAGAGGCCGGAUCAAACCAACCCCUCCGCCAACUGGCUGCACGCUCGCUCUUCCCGGAAAAAGCGCUGUCCCUACACCAAAUACCAGACGCUGGAGCUAGAGAAGGAGUUUCUGUUCAAUAUGUACCUCACCAGGGACCGUAGGCACGAAGUGGCCAGACUCCUCAAUCUGAGUGAGAGACAAGUCAAAAUCUGGUUUCAGAACCGGCGGAUGAAAAUGAAGAAAAUGAAUAAGGAACAGGGCAAAGAGUAAAGAUUCCCCUAGCCCACCCCACCCCUUCUCCA